UCAUUUCAUUUUUUUUUUCGAGGCUAGCAUCCAAACAAAAGUCUAGGUGGUUGUUUUCGUGUAAUUUAAACCUAUCUAGCAUAAAACAUGCAACGUUACAAUCGUGACAAAGACUGAUCGGAGAACCAUUCCAAAAUGACUUAGCCUUGGACAGUUUUGCUAAGUUUUUAAAGGAUCUUGGCUUAUAUUAGCAUAGCAUCGGCUAACAGCUGCAUGUGAGUGUGCGCAGUUAGCCUGUAGCCGACCUACCUUCAAGAAUCAUACCUCUCUCGAAACUGACAAUCCGAACUGGUCCGGUGGGUUAAACUGGUGGAAAGAGUGGAAAAGCUAUCUACCAAAUCAAAUGUAGAGAGUUGAGUCGUCAGUUUAUUGAACGGCAGACAAUGGAACAAGACAACAACUCGGAGGAUGACUCUGUUGGCCCUCCAGAAGAUGAUGCACAACCUUCAUUUCCUCUCGGACUCUCGGACUCUGAGGCAGUGGAAGUAUUGUGGCAGGUUCGUGCGCAACGACGGCAGGCAGAGCCUGAUCUGCCGGACACAGUGACAUGUCUCACCACACCUGAAGGCAGCAUUGUCUACUUGGUUGGCACCGCCCACUUCAGUGAUAGCAGCAAGAUGGAUGUUGCCACUACGAUCCGAGCAGUCCAGCCAGACGUGGUGGUGGUGGAGCUAUGUCAAUACAGAGUGUCAAUGCUCAAGAUGGAUGAGAAAACGCUGCUAAAGGAAGCUAAAGACAUUAACCUAGAAAAGGUCCAGCAGGCCAUUAAACAGAAUGGAGUGAUGUCUGGCCUCAUGCAGAUACUGCUGCUCAAGGUCUCGGCUCACAUUACAGAACAGCUGGGCAUGGCCCCCGGAGGAGAGUUUAGAGAAGCCUUUAAAGAGGCAGGAAAAGUGCCCUUCUGUAAAUUUCACCUUGGGGAUCGGCCCAUCCCAGUAACAUUUAAACGUGCAAUUGCUGCUUUAAGUCUGUGGCAGAAGGCUCGACUGGCCUGGGGCCUGUGCUUCCUAUCUGACCCCAUCAGUAAAGAGGAUGUAGAGAAAUGUAAACAAAAGGAUCUUCUAGAGCAGACUAUGUCAGAGAUGAUUGGCGAGUUUCCAGCCCUCCACCGCACAAUUGUUGCAGAACGAGACAUCUACCUCACACAUACACUUAGACAGGCAGCACGCUUCGUGGAGCCACCUACUAGUGCUGAGAAAGUGCCUGCUGUUGUGGUUGGAGUGGUUGGGAUGGGUCAUGUCCCUGGCAUUGAGAGGAACUGGGAUAAGGAGCUCAAUAUUCAUGAGAUCAUGAGUGUGGCUCCUCCAUCUCUAUUUGGUCGUGUAUUACGCAACGUGUUCAAGGGAGCCAUGUGGGGGCUUUUUGGUUAUGCCUGUUUCCGUGCCAGCAAGGGAGUGGUCAGGGCGUUACACCCCCUACCCACUGUCCAAUCAUUGUUUGAAAAUAUACGAACACCUGCCGUUUGACCCUACUCUAAUUGGCACAGACUUUUCAACAGUGAGAUCUGGAUGUCAAACUGAACACCAAUAGCCUUAACUACAGGAUGGAAGUGGGGGAUAAGGGGAAGAUUAGAGCCAGACAUAUUCUCCAUUCCAUGUGAAGUGAACUGCAUUUUAUGGGUGGAAGCCUUUGACUUGCUCUCUGUCAUCUUCUCAACCCUCUGUCCAUUUGCUCUGUGUACCUGUGGAUGCAGAGUUUACUGCCAAAGAAAUUGGACCAUGCUUUCUUUCCCCUUUUCAUUUUUUCUCAUUCUUAAAGUUUGACUCUCUAGGUAAUUAGUUGUAGCAGGACACCCUCUCUCUGACAUGUUAUUACCUAACUUAAACUAAAUUAAUUGUAUUCUGUUGUGAUUAUUUGAUGGUUGGCUCCAGCCAUUGGGUGAUAGUGUAUUUUUCAGCUGGUGGAGUUAGGCAGUCCAGUAUUACAAUGCCCUCUAAGUCAACAUUUUAAUAUACAGCAUACUCUGGGCCAAAACCUGUAGUUCAUUCAGAAUGAAUAGUAAAGCCACCCAACCAUCAACCAAAUCACACAUAGUUACAUUCACUGAAUGUGUAAUUGUACGGUCUAUGGGAAAGUGUGGUUGCUUGGUUUUUGUAGUUUCUUGAUAAGCCCAUCAUAAACUUUGACCAUGUUAGCUAUCAAGUGCCUCUGACCUGGAAAGGGCUAAAAGUAAUAAAUACUGGUCAGAUUGAUGUUUUCUUUCUCCAUAUAGUCAUAAUAAAUGGGUACUUUUAAAUUCGGAGUCCUCUGUUUUAUACACGUCACCUCUCCACUUAUUAAUAGGUAAAAUAACCAAUCUUGCUAAUAGCUGGAAUGUACUGUCUAAGAACAAGUGAAACAAGUAUUUUUACAAGUAUUUAGACAAGUUACUGUUGUUGUUUAUGUGAUUGUUUUGUUUUGAAAGGAGGCUGUUUGAAUGAUUCACUUUUUAAACAAAAACGCAAAAGCAAUCAAUUCUGGUUAAUUCCAAUUUAAAUGCGUCUUAUUAAUAUUGCUUUUUUCACUCCUGAGUUCAUGGAAGUACAAUUCACAAAAUUGGUCAAACUAAAAAGUUCAAGCUAAUUUCUAAUAGUACUAUGUUUUUUUUAUAUUUGAUAAUACUUUAAAGUCAAAAUCAAGCUAUGAAUUGUAACCUUAUCUCCAUUAUUAAUCAUUAUCUGAAGCUGUUAGUCCUAAAUGACAAAUGAGACCAUCAAAUAUGAUUUGAUAAGAAUGUAAAUUUGACAUGCAAAUAGUAAGAAAAGCCAUCUCUUGCAUGGACCAAUUCUGGAAUUAUGCUUUAUAUAUAUAUAUAUAGGGGAAGGUGGAGGGUAUUUCUGCUGUUUGUUUGCUUAAAGCCUUAAACUGCUGCCUUUACCUGUUCUUCACAUUUUGAUUUUGUUUUUCCAUAUGUCGCUUAUUAUGUCUGUUAGGAUGACUGAUAAUGAAUUUCAGAGGUGUCAACCUGGUCACAUGGACAUUCUAAGCACAAUACUAAUGUUUGUGUGACUAUAAAAGUGUUGGGAGAAUGAGUCAUGCCAAAAAUUAUUUGUUCUUUUUACAUUGCCCUUAAUGGAAACCAACCCUUACAAAAAUCGAGAGUUCUUGGCAAAUGUGCCACAAAUUUACCACUUAAUAUUAUCACAUGCCAAUUUUCUUUGUGGCAAACUUGCAGCAAAAUUGUCCUAAGUUGCCAAAAAGUUUGUUACAGGUUCACCAGUAAUUGUGAAGAGAUCUGGCAAACAUUGCGAAACACAAGCUCAUUUGCAUGUGAAAAUAAUGAGUGUAAAAUUUGUGGCUAGUUUGCCAGAACUCUAGAUUUUAGAAAGGGAAUCGGUUUUGAACCAUGAAGAGGCUCAGAUUAAGAUGUGUUUAAAACUUUGCAUAUUAACCAUGUGUGUUUAUGUGAGAAAUUAGGAAAAAAAAGGUCUAAUGUAUUGGCAUGAUUUUUAAAUGUAGAUGGCCUAUUGUCAUAUACUCACAGUUUAAGCAAUCUGUACACAAUAUUGUGGUGGUUUGAAAUGUAUAAUAGCAUUUUGAGGUAUUUGUCAGUGGCCCUUGUGCAUAAUUAUAUUGAGUACUGAUAUCAGUAGAGCAACUCCCCUCUGCAUUUAACUUUCUUUUUAUUGGAUUGAUUAGAUGGAUUAUAACUUAAUGUAUUAAAAAAAAUGUAGAAGGACUAAAUGACCCCAUUCUUCCCCUACUCUAAUGUUGGUCUCAAAAUGCUGCUGUUUUCCUGUAAACUAAAAAAACAUUGGUCUUCCUGUGAACUUUAUGCAGUACUUCACUUGAUGUCAUAGAUACAAUGCAUAUUGUGAGAAAGGGCAUGGGCAAGAUAUACUUGAUACAUCAUUAUUGUACAUCCUUUAACUUUUCUGCUACAAAUGAAAUAGUUUCUAACCAUUGUUAACUAUGGAAAGGGGAAUAAAAUGAUCAUACAGUUGUCUUUUUGUCAUUGUCUACAUACAAAUGUUAAUUCUACUAAUCAA